AAACUAUUUCAACUAAUGGAUUUUUAUCAACAUCACGAAAUAUCAACGUGUCACUUGUAUUUAUUCAUAUGAAUGUUCAAUCAAAUGAUUUUACAUCAGUUUUAUUUGAAAUUAAAGCAAAUCCACUAUUGAGAACAGUGGUUUUUGCUGAUGUUGGAGAUAGAAGUCGAAUAAAAGGUGAAGAAGAAGUUUUAUUCAAUCUCAAUGCACUCUUUAAGAUUGUUUCUGUUUGUUUUGAUUCCAAACUUACUGUAUGGAAAGUCGAAUUGAAUGCAACUGAUGAAGGUGCAGAAAAAGUUGAAGAAUAUCUUGCAUUAUCGAAACAACAGAUGGAAGAAUACACACCACUUAUUUAUUUUGGUCGACUUCUCAUGAAUGAAUUAGGUCAAGUAGAUCGUGCAGGAAAAUAUUUUAAUAUGUUACUGAAAUCACUUCCACAUGAUCAUCCUGAUAUUGCAUCUGUUUAUAAUAAUAUUGGUAUAGUACAUGAAGAGAGAAAUGAGUUGAAUUUGGCAUUGAAAAACUAUAAGAUAGCUUAUGAGAUGCGUCAAAAGCAACUACCUUCAAAGCAUUCUCAUAUUGCUGGUUCACUCAAUAAUAUUGGUGGCAUUUAUAGAUUAAAAGGUGAUUUUAAUACAGCACUCGAUUAUUAUCAGCAAGCUUUGAGUGUUUAUAACAAAUUAUAUCCUGGUAAUAAUCUACAAAAAGCAAGGACAAUCGAAAAUAUUGGGAGAUUAUACGAAGAUAUAGAAGAUUUCGACUCGGCUCUUGUUUAUUUGUCUCGUGCUCUCGAUAUGUAUAAGCAUGUUCUCCCUCAUCAACACUCUGAAAUAGCAUCAUGUCUUGGUGGAAUAGGCUAUACUUAUGAGAAGAGAGGUAAUUUAGAUAUUGCUCUGGAUUAUUAUCAACAACGAUUAAAUAUGGAAGAACAAUGUUUACCUUUCGACCAUUCAAGUCUUUCAGAUCAUCUUGGUUGGAUCAUCGAUACUUAUAAAAAGAUGAAUGAGAUUGACAAAGCUUUGGACUUGUGUCAACAAAAGCUUCUUAUUCAAAAAAGUAGAUUGGGUGAAAAUCAUCCUCGUAUUGCUCAAACAUUAAUGAUCAUGGCUGAUUUAAUUAAGGACGACAAUCCAAACGAAGCAUUAGAAUACUAUGAACAAGCUCUAUCUGUAUUGGAGAAAUGCACACCAUCUGAUUACCAAGUCACUUCUGAGUGUUUGACAUCAAUGGCUUGUUUAUAUUCCAAGUAUGAUAUGAUGGAGGAUGCAUUACGAUGUGACCUUAAAGCACUUGAAAUUGAUCGUCAAACAUUGUCUUCUGAUCACAUUAACAUCGCAAACAGCUUGAGUAAUAUUGGUCUAUGUUAUGAAAGAAUGAACAACUUAUCCGAAGCACUUCGUUAUUUCAAUGAAAGUCUUUCGAUCUAUCGAGCUAAUUAUGGACCAGAACAUGAAAUGGUGAAGAGAGGUGAAACUUAA